AUGCUUCUCAGAAGCAUUUACGUUUUUCUUUUGUGCUUUACUAAUUUCCUUUUUAAAGUUUCUUGUUCAACAUCUGAAUUCAGAUUGGAGAGAUUACUUAUUGGGUGGCCUUUUGUUUUACAUGAAAUUGACCGUGUGACACCUGUUUUCACUCCAGAGACCACUGAAUGUUUCAGGCACAGUUUCUCACAAUCUGGCUAUAAAAUGUUGCAAGUAAUGAAGUUUGCCGUUGAGGAGAUCAAUAAUUCCUCAGCUCUUUUGCCCAAUGUAUCUCUGGGAUAUGAAAUUUUUGACCAUUGUUCUAACACAAGGAAUUUCCAUUCAGUCUUAAAUUUCAUCUCAAAGAAUGGCUCGAUAAGACCUAAAGAAAAACUCAACAACUAUCAGCCAAAAGUGAUUGCUUUAACAGGGCCAUAUGGAAGCACAAGAACUAUAACUGUUGCACCACUGUUCACAAUGAACCUAAUGCCAAUGGUGAAUUAUGGAGCUACUAGCUAUGCAUUAAGUGAUAAACUUCAGUAUCCUUCCUUUGUAAGAACAAUUCCUAGCAACAAAGACCUGGUAGAGAUGAUUAUUCACAUCAUACAGUGGUUUGGAUGGAACUGGGUUGCCUUUAUUGGUAGUCAAGAUGAUUACAGCACAGACGGACUAAAGCUGUUUAACAAGUAUAUAAAUAAUACAGGCAUUUGUUUGGCCUAUCAAGAGGGACUAAGUCUAGACACAAGUUACAGUCUAACACUUAAAAAGAUUGACAAACUCAACAUCAAAGUCAUUGUACUUUUUGCUUUGCCACAAUACGCAAGCAAAAUGAUCAAAGCAGCCAUAGCAAACAACAUCCAGGACAAAGUAUGGAUUGCAAGUCAUUCAUGGGCUAUGAAUCAACAGAUUCCAAGAGAACCAGGAAUCAGGAAAAUUGGCACAGUCAUUGGUAUUGCAGAGAGACUCUUGUCAUUGCCUGGAUUUGAUGACUUCAUCUAUAAAACAAGAGGAACAACUGAUGCUGGCCAUAAUGAUAGAGCUGAGAGUGAACGCCAGGGGAAGAUCAAGACUUGUAAUCAAGCUUGUGAUUACUGUUCAUUAAUGACUGCAGAGGAGAUUAUAAAUGAGAGUUCCACACACUCCUUUUCCAUCUAUUCUGCCAUAUAUACCAUAGCUCAUGCAUUACAUAGAGUUCUCCAGUGCGACAUGAACAAAUGUCACAAAAACACAAUAGCCAAGCCAUACAUGCUCCUGGAAGAAAUAAAGAAGUUGAAUUUUUCACUCGAUGGCCGUCAGGUGAAAUACGAUAAAAAUUAUGAUCCAACCAUCAGUUAUGCAGUUGUGCUCUGGCGCACUGAUGUGAAUCCUCCACAGUUUGAGGUGGUGGGCAUGUAUAAUAAACUUCCAGAAAUUAAUUUCAUCAUUGACAACACUCGCAUGCCGUGGCAUGACAUUGGUGCUGUUCCUUUCUCAAAUUGCUCUGUUGAGUGUAAGGCGGGAUAUGCAAGACAACCUGAAGGUUUUCAUAGUUGCUGUUUUGCAUAUAAAAAAUGUCCACGUAACAGCUAUGUAGAUUUUUCUAGGGACCCCUACACCUGUUUUCCAUGUGCAGAGAGUGAAUGGUCUGAUGAGGGCAGCACGACAUGUAAGACUCGUUCUGUUGUCUAUGUACAGUUCACAGAAAUUCCCUCCAUUAUUGUUAUGAUUUCUACUGUAUUCUUGAUUUUUCUCCUUAUUGCUGUAUUUUGCAUUUUUGCCUACAAUUACGACACACCAGUGGUGAAGUCUGCUGGUGGCAGCAUGUGUUUCCUCAUGUUGACUAGUUUGUUUCUGUCUAGCAUAAGCGUGUUUUUUUUCUUUGGAAAACCCACAUUUGCAUUUUGCCUUCUAAGAAAUGCUAUAUUUGCUUUUUUCUUCACUGUCUGUAUUUCGUGUUUGACUGUCCGUUCUUUUCAAAUUGUUUGUGUUUUUAAAAUGGCUGCUCAGUUCCCGAGAUUGCACAGCCUUUGGGUAAAACACAAUGGCCAGUGGCUCUUCGUUGCAUUUGCUUCUUUCAUUCAUUUAAUCUCAUGUGUGAUAUGGAUGACUGUCAAUCCUGUCAAACUCAUUGCUGACACAUUGACGUCUAAAGACCAACUUCUACUCAUCUGUGAAAGGGGGAACUUUAUAACCAUAUCCGUAGUAGUGUUUAUAAGUUGGUUUCUUGGUUUCUUGUGUCUACUGUUUUCUUAUAUGGGAAGAGAUCUGCCAAAAAAUUACAAUGAGGCUAAGUCAAUCACGUUUAGUCUCAUUUUGUACUAUCUGACCUGGAUCGCAUAUUUCACUAUCGCUAUCACUAUCAAGAGCAAAUACAUAGUAAUUUUUAAUGCAAUGGCCCAGAUAUCCAGUAUAAAUGGAAUUCUUUUUAGUUAUUUCAUACCAAAAUCUUACAUUAUAAUAUUCCAACCACAAAAAAACACUCCGGCAUACUUUCAAACAUCUAUUCAGAAUUACACCCAAACCAUUAGUAGGACUUAGACAAUAGUUUUUGUGUAUCAAGAAUUACCACUUAAACUAGUUAUUUAGAUUCUUUACUAUUAUGUUACCACAGUUUUAAAGAAGCUCAUAGGCAAAGUA